UGUAAGGACAAGAAUCCUUCGGUUCUCUCAGUUGGGGAAAUCGCAGAAAUGGCCGGCGAAUUGGGUGCGUUCCGACAGAAUUUCCCGGAGCCCAGCAGAGAGAGGCUCCUCCCGCAUAAAGGGUUCUCCGAUUUCGGCCUCAACGACGCCGGGAGAGUCUCCGCCGGUUCCGAUGGCCGCCGAUCAAAGUUCCGGUGCUUCCGAUUGUGCUCUGACGGGGUCACCAGCUCGUGGAAGGCCCUCCACGACGUCGCCGUGAAAUUGUACGAGAUGGGUCGUUCCGAUCGCCGGAAAGUUUUCUUCGCCGUGAAGAUGGGAUUCGCUCUCGCCCUCUGCUCCCUCGUCAUCUUCCUCAAGGAGCCGCUCCAGGAGGCGAACCAGUACGCCGUCUGGUCGAUCCUCACGGUCGUCGUGGUUUUCGAGUACAGCGUAGGAGCAACUUUGGUUAAAGGAUUCAAUAGAGCCAUAGGCACAUUCUCUGCCGGAGGACUCGCACUCGGCAUUGCCAGACUCUCUGUCUUAGCCGGAGAGUUUGAAGAAGUCAUUAUCAUAAUCAGUAUCUUCCUUGCAGGUUCCUGUGCAAGUUAUCUGAAACUCUACCCGACCAUGAAGUCGUUUGAAUAUGCCUUCAGGGUGUUUCUGCUGACAUUCUGCAUCGUUCUGGUCUCGGGGAACAACAGCAGAGCUUUCUUCAGCACCGCGUAUUACAGGCUGCUGCUUAUCUUGGUUGGUGCUAGUAUAUGUCUGGUUGUGAAUAUAUUUAUAUUCCCGAUCUGGUCUGGGGAGGAUCUCCAUAAGCUGGUUGUUAAGAAUUUCAAGAACGUGGCAAAUUCCCUCGAAGGAUGUGUUAAUGGGUACUUGCAAUGUGUCGAAUACGAGAGGGUGCCUUCAAAGAUUCUCACGUACCAAGCUUCUGAUGAUCCGUUAUACAGUGGAUACAGGUCGACGGUCCAAUCUACAAGCCAAGAAGAUUCUCUGCUCGAUUUUGCAGGGUGGGAACCUCCGCAUGGGCCUUACCGAACAUUUCACCAUCCGUGGAAAAACUAUGUCAAAGUUAGCGGCUCAUUAAGGCAUUGUGCUUUUAUGGUCAUGGCAAUGCAUGGAUGCAUACUUUCAGAAAUUCAGGCGGCUCCAGAGAAAAGACAGGCAUUCCGGCGCGAGCUUCAGAAGGUUGGCAACGAAGGGGCGAAAGUUCUUCGUGCCCUCGGAGAGAAGAUGGAAAAAAUGGAGAGGCUUAACCCUAGAAACAUCCUGAACGAAGUCCAACGAGCUGCCGAGGAACUGCAGAUGAAAAUAGACAGAAAAUCCCACCUUCUGGUCAACUCGGAAAGCUGGGCAGCCAUUAAAGAGCAGGCAAGGGAAGAAGCACAAGAAAACUAUUACGAAGCCAAAGACGACGAGACCAAAGUGAUCAAAUCUCUCAGCCAGAUUUGGGACAACAGUCAGAACCUGACAACAGCAACAACUGGUAAUGAAUCUCAGGUGUUGAUUUCGACAGACAGUAUGAUGCUUAGGAACAGAGAACAAUGGCCGAGCGUCUCGUUCAUCGGCGGUUCGAUGGUUAAUGAGAUUGAAUGCAAAGUGUAUGAGAGCGCAAGCUCUCUCUCUCUGGCUACGUUUGCUUCCCUUCUGAUAGAAUUUGUCGCAAGGCUUCAGAAUCUUGUGAAUGCUUAUGAGGAGCUGAGUGAUAAAGCCAGUUUCAGAGAACCAGUUCCUGUUGACCAGACAAAGGGUAACUUAGAUUCUGUCGGAUUCUGGACCAGACUCUGGAGAUGUUUCAGUUCUGGUGGCUGAUUUAUUAGCAGAAGAAGCUGAAUCUCAACAUGAGGUUGGGUUUUUUAUAAGUUGCUGUUGCAUUUAUAAUUUAUUGUUGGGUUCAUAUUUAUGGGUUUUUAUUUUAUUUAAAAAAAGCUGAAAUGUAUUGAUAUGUUUUGGUUGUAAUAAGUUUCCCCCGAUUCUUUUUUGGCAAGAGACAUGAGAGACAAAUGCUGCCUGCC